AAAAAUAAUAAUAAUAAGAAAACGGGAUUUUCUGGUCACUGUCCUUGCCACGUCAUCAGUAACGUGUUAAAACCACUUCUUCUUUGUGCUAUUUCUCGCCGGCGAACGUUUCUGCUCAUCUUUUUUUCUUUUCAGAGUUCUCUCUCUCUCUCUCUCUCUCUCUCUCUCUCUCUCUGUGCUUGUACUUGUCGUUCUCUUUCUUUCUCUUUAUUUUUUUAGUUAUUACAAAUUCGCAUCGAACAAAGGGUAACCCUCGUGGUAACGACUCUCUCUGAUUGGUUACAAGGAAUGAUGCAGGUUCUGGUGGGACCCACUUUCACCGUAGACGUUCAGUCGUCUCCGCCGCCACCGACGCUGGUGAUGGGCUACGCCGGAGAGAAUCCAAGCAACGACGCCGUCGAACGCGCGGUUCCAUUGCCCCUUUUCGACGGCGAGUCAUCGGAGAGCUCGUCGUCAAUCGGAACGCCGGACGACAGCGAGGACGAAAACGACGACGUGUCGUCGAAAAGAGAGAAUAACGAAGAAGAAGAAGAGGUUCAAAGCAAGUUGAAGAAGGGUUUGAACUCUUUGGAUUCUUUAGAAGACUCUCUUCCAAUCAAGAGGGGAUUAUCGAAUCAUUUCAUAGGGAAAUCAAAGUCAUUCACGGAUUUAUCCCAAGUGAACACAGUGAAGGAACUAGAGAAGCAAGAGAACCCUUUCAAUAAGAGAAGAAGGGUUCUCAUUGCAUCCAAGUUGUCAAGAAAAUCCUCUUUCUAUACCUGGUCAAACCCCAAAUCAAUGCCUCUUUUACCUCUCAAUGAGGAUGAAGAUGAUGAUUAUUAUGAACCAGACAAUGCCACAAAAGUGUCUCCUUCUCAAAAUCAAGUUCAGCUGAGACAGCAUAACAGAAUAGUACCUCACUCUUAUGCUUCUCAUAUGAAGCUUAGACUAAGAAGCUUUAAGUCAAGAAGCCUUUCUCUCGCAGAUCUGCAAGAACAUGACGAGGACGAGGACGAGGAAGUGGAAGUGGAAGAAUUAGAUAAUAUUGAUUAGGUUAAAAUAUUUUGUGUCUAUAUUGGAACUCUUAUUUUUAAUUUGCUCUUUGUACAAAAAUUAGAAUAAAUUGUUAUCUUUGAUGGUGUUAGUAAACUAUAGUAAAAAUCUUAUCUUUUUAUCU